AUGGUAUCAUCUGAAGCACAAUCAGCGGACCUGUACGAUGUCAUUGGCCUUGGAUUUGGCCCGGCUAAUCUUGCUGCUGCUGGUGCGCUACUAGAACAACCAAGAGAGACCUGCCCGAUAUCCGUAAACAAAUCUCUCUUCAUUGAGCGACAUCAUGAAUUCAAAUGGCAUCCGGGUAUGCUUCUCCCAGGUACCCGUAUGCAGAUCAGUUUCCUGAAAGAUUUGGCGACCCUGAGAUCGCCACAAUCUCCAAUCACCUUCGUUGCAUACUUGCACUCCCAAAACCGUCUGGUGGAGUUCAUCAACCGGAAUUGCAUGACCCCGACGCGGAAGGAAUACUCCGAUUACCUUGCCCAUGUCGCGCGGUACGUGCAAGGUCAAGGCAUCAAGGUCGCGUAUGGCGAAAAUGUCAUUGCAAUCGAAGAAGGGGGUGAAGGCACUGUGCUGGUCCACAGCAUCGUGCUUACCACUGGAGAAACUAUCAUUCGUCAUGCAAAAAAUCUAAUCAUCUCGCCAGGAGGCUCACCACGGGUCCCGCGGUGUAUUCAGAGCAUCUCACCUCAUCCUCGCAUCAUUCACAGCUCUGCGUACCUGUCUUCUGUAGAACCGAUGUUGGACACGAUGAAGACCAUCACUCGGCCACUUAAAAUCGCGGUCGUCGGUGCUGGGCAGUCCGCAGUGGAAGUACUGCUCGACCUUCAGUCACGGCUAACUAGCAUGGGCAAGAGUACCAGCCAAGCGCACAACCUUCAUCUCAUCAUUCGUGGUGGCUCAUUGAAAUCGAGCGAUGGUGGCCCCUUUUCGAACCAGGUAUACAAUCCAGAAUUUGUGGAUGUUAUGUAUGACCUGCCAAGUGAUUCUCGAAGAAGAGUGAUGGCGGACUACGAGGGCACAAAUUACGGGGUAGUAAAUCCGAUUACGCUUGAUUCACUCUUUAACGUCAUAUACGACCAACGUGUAGACGGUGACAUCGCUGGACGCAAGAAAAACGCACUGGCCGCGACCGAUGCACAUAUCACCAUCGUAACUUAUAGUAACCUGGCGUCAGCGGAGAUUAGCACACAUCCUUCGCAAACCUCCACAGAAACAGAUACACAUGCACAUACAUUCUCGGUUCUUCUGCAGAAUACCCUCACACAAGAUUUCUACGAGGCGACAUAUGAUGCCAUUGUCUGCGCUACUGGCUACGAGCGAAACUCGUGGCUGAGCCUCUUGAAAUCAUCCAGCGUAGGCAAGCAUUUCGGUCUGUGCGCUACUUCAGAUAACACGCGGCUCUCUGUGGAGCGCGACUUUAGAGCGACCGUAAACGGGAAGAAUGGCGCGUUUAAAGCGGCCACGAACGGAAUAAACGGUCAUUCACGGACAUCGGUCACGGGCAUCAAUGGAGAGAAGACACAUGCACAAUAUACAUCUACGGAGACCAAAGAUUCUGAUACAAUCUAUAUCUCGCGAAGUCAUAGACUUCUUCCACUACCGACGGCUAGUCAUGGAUUGAUUCCAAAGAUCUACUUGCAAGGUUGUGCAGAGGAAACGCAUGGAAUAACAGAGACGCUAUUGAGUGUGGUGGGGAUUAGGGCUGGAGAGGUGGUGGAAGACUUGUGUUCAAAUUAUUAG